AAGGGGAGGUGGAUUUGGAGGGUGAUGGGACUGGAAACAUGGUUUCCUUCAAUGGAUUGGGGCUCGACAAAUGCUUCGACACAAGCAAUUUCUCCCUGAGAGAGACAAUUGUAUCAGAACUUGUACCUUUUCAAGCAGAGCUAUUCGAUGAACGGCCUGAACAAUGGAAAGUGAGGCAAACCUCAAAACAAUCUGCCUACAAAGAAUUCUACGACACUUUUGAGCCAAAAGAUGGGAAUAAAUCCCGAGGUGGAACUUUUCUCUCGGAUACUCUUCGCCAAAAUUCACAAUCCGAAAACAUGAAGGACAUGAGAAAAGAGAUCAACGCUCGUCUUUCUUCUGGCUUUUCUACCAAUUCAGGUUCUUCUCCAUUUCUAGCUCACCAUGGCUCUGCUAAGAGGAAAAAAUCUGGGAAUAAUAAGAAUGGUGACAAUUAUGAUAGAAACGGAAGCAAAAAGCUUAAAGUUGCAAAAGCUGAAAAG